ACGUGAUUUUGGAGUAAUCUGCACUAAAACAUCUUCUGUUUAUCCACUGUUGUCUCUCUCUCUCCCUCGCUUUCGUUGCCAGAAGAAGAAGCGAAACGACUACAAAACAAAUCUGCAAAUCUUCUGGUUUUCUUGAGAAUUAGAGACUGACGACGAUUAGUUCCCCACCCUAUUUCUCGCUCCCAGAAAGGAAUAAAACGAAAUGAUCUUUUUUGAUUUUUGACGAGAUACAGAGAUCUUGUUAAGCUGUUAACACUUCGAAUCAGAACCCAACUCGGUUCAGCUAUGUCGGCUGUCCGGUUAACGGCGGCUAUCCUGGUUUGUCUAUUACCGUUGACGGUUCUGUCCUACGGUUUUCCGGCGGCUCUGAAACUAGAAAGAGCGGUUCCGGCGAAUCACGAGAUGGAGAUCAGCCAGCUCAAGGCUCGCGACAGAGCCAGGCACGGCAGAUUGUUGCAGUCUCUCGGCGGAGUUAUUGAUUUCCCCGUCGACGGAACUUUUGAUCCUUUCGUUGUUGGAUUAUACUACACGAAACUGCGAUUGGGAUCUCCUCCAAGAGACUUCUAUGUACAGAUUGACACAGGAAGUGAUGUUCUGUGGGUUAGUUGUGCUUCUUGCAAUGGCUGCCCUCAAACCAGUGGACUCCAAAUUCAAUUGAAUUACUUUGAUCCAGGGAGCUCAGUGACAGCCACACCAAUCUCAUGUUCUGACCAAAGAUGCAGCUGGGGUAUUCAAUCCUCCGAUUCAGGUUGUUCUGUUCAGAACAACCUUUGCGCUUACACGUUUCAGUAUGGAGAUGGAAGUGGCACUUCCGGGUUCUACGUCUCCGAUGUCUUGCAGUUUGACAUGAUUGUUGGUAGCUCUCUCGUCCCUAACUCAACGGCUCAGGUUGUGUUCGGAUGCAGCACCUCGCAGACGGGUGAUUUGGUGAAGUCGGAUCGAGCGGUUGACGGAAUCUUCGGGUUUGGGCAACAAGGGAUGUCUGUGGUUUCUCAGCUUGCUUCGCAGGGAGUAGCUCCGAGAGUGUUCUCACACUGUUUGAAAGGAGAAAACGGAGGCGGAGGGAUAUUGGUUCUUGGAGAGAUUGUUGCGCCAAACCUUGUCUUUACUCCUCUUGUUCCCUCACAGCCUCAUUACAACGUGAAUCUGCUGAGCAUCUCAGUGAAUGGCCAAGCUUUGCCUAUCAAUCCAUCCGUCUUCUCCACAUCAAACGGCCAGGGAACAAUCAUUGACACUGGCACAACAUUGGCAUACCUUUCUGAAGAAGCCUAUGUUCCUUUCGUUGAAGCUAUUACAAAGGCUGUUGCGCAGUCUGUGAGACCUGUUGUGUCGAAAGGGAACCAGUGCUACGUCAUAGCCUCCAGUGUGGCAGACGUAUUUCCUCCAGUUAGCUUGAACUUUGCUGGUGGAGCAUCCAUGUUCUUGAAUCCUCAGGAUUACCUCAUACAACAGAACAACGUCGGAGGUACUUCAGUAUGGUGCAUUGGUUUCCAGAGGAUACAGAAUCAGGGGAUAACCAUCCUUGGAGAUUUAGUUCUUAAAGACAAGAUCUUUGUCUAUGAUUUGGUCGGUCAGAGAAUCGGAUGGGCAAACUACGACUGUUCAAUGUCGGUCAAUGUGUCUGCGACUAGCAGCAGCGGAAGAAGCGAAUAUGUGAACGCAGGACAGUUUAGUGACAAUGCAGCUCCACAGAAACUGUCUUUAAACAUGGUCGGAAACACUCUGAUGCUCCUGUUAAUGGUAAUCAACAUGUUCUUAUAGCACACAGCGCUUUUACAGAGUUGCCUUGAUGUAGUUUAUGUACACUCUUUUAUAUGGUCGCGGCAGUGUUAUUUGUGGUCGCUGGAGAGUAAUUAUCUCCCGACCGGGCAGAAGAAAUGUUUAACUUCUUUGUUGUUUGUUUGUUUUUCGUCUUCUUUUUAUUACAUUGUUAUAGUUUUGGAUGUAAAUACUACUUUUUCUUACUUAUAGUGGUGUGUGUGUCGUUAUUCUGAUCAAA